AUGGUUCCUGCCCACAGCACUGUAGGAUCGUUAUGGGAUGGUGGUAUUGAUAUGGAAAAGCCAAGUACAGAAAAUCUGUACUUCUGGGGACAACGCAUUCUGACUGCUUCAUCAUUUAAUAGAGGCACUUCCAGCACACUUGUUCGGCUCCUACAUAUACCACAACUGGCAAGCGAACGUGGAGGAUAUCGCGGAAGAAUACUCAAACAUUGUAUCUUCCAAGCCAAACCUCAAACUCCAGAUACCGAAAGCUGUUUCCACGGGGCAAGAUUGACGGGCUCAAUCAGGAAGCCCCAAGGGCCUCCAGCGUUGCAAGGCCCCUAUGAAGAGAUUAGCCGACGUACUGCCCUUCUUUCAAGACAGGGUGGAAGCUCCCUUCCAUCUGCAAAAGACAUCGUCCUCACUAUCAUCGCAAUGAGCAGCUGCCCGGGCAAGAAGGGGUUAGAAUGGGAGAAGAUCAGGGCGCAUUCAGUCAGUAAAGAAGAUGGUGUGGAGGUGAAGGAGAGAUAUGAUGUUGGAAUUGCGGUUCUGCCAAGUAGGCAAAACGCGACAAAUGUCUCAUUAUUUGAUGUCAGGCUGCAGGCACUGCAAAAGCAACCUGAUUCCUCUUCCGACUUUUGCAAAGGACAAAGAGGUCGCAUGAGGAACUGGAGCAUACCCCUUCGCACGGAAGAAUUGUAUGACCCCUUGCAUAGCCUGGAGAUGUCAGCGGGUAGCUUAUCAGAGUUGUGUAUGAGUACCUCGGAUAAUUCCGCAGUGGAACAAAUCUAUGAGGAGACUCAUGCUCAUUUACCGGUAUGA